GUCAAAAGUAACACCGCUCCUAACCAAAACAACUGACGAUUAUUCAAAUAUUGAUACCAGCUAAGAAAUAAAAUCAACAUCCUCUACGUAAAUCUGCAAAGAUCACCAAAUCACAAUGCCAGUCACGCGACCACCGAUGAGCAGUGAUGAGGAAGAGGAUCAGGAUGACUUUUAUGAUGGAUUUUCAUUUGGAAACGAGUUUGAUAGACCUGCCCGGGAAGCAACACAAAACCAAUGGAUUUUAAAGAAACAGAAAGAAGACGACGAGCACGAUAGAAUUUUGUUCACUGUUAAGAAUGGGGACGUUGAAGGUUUGAAACAGGAAUUAUUGAAAAAAUACGGCAGUGAGGCCAGAAUACAGUACGAUGAAUAUCUCAAAGACGGUUGGACAAUAUUGCUGCAUGCUGUUGCAUGUUUGCAACGGGACAUCGUUACAUACUUACUAUCAAAAGGGGCGAAUCUCAAUUGCGAAGCAGGCUCAAUGACUCCGUUGAUGGUUGUGUGCGACCUCGAAAUAUGUCCCAGUCAGAUUGACGAUAUUCUGGACAUGACAAAAUUAUUGCUCGAUCAAGGAGCUGUUGUUAACGUUCGCAAUGAGACAGGAUACACACCGUUUAUGUACGCUUGUGAGAAGGGCAACAAAGACAUUGUCACUCUUCUAACGGAUUUUUCUGCAAUCGAUGCAACUGACAAUUUUGGAAAGACGGCCCUACAUUAUGCUGUCGAAAAUAAGCACUUUGACAUCGUUGAAAUGCUUAUAAAUGUAGGCGCCGAUAUCGAGGUGUGCGAUAGAGAUGGACUUAAGCCGCGUGAUGUGGCUGUGUCGCUUGGCCUAAGAGACAUUGAAGAACUAUUUCCUGAAGAAAUUCUGGACUUUCUGCCUACAUCAGCAGAACAAUACGAAACAUUCGAAGAUAUUGCACCUUCAAUCUUCCCAGACCAUAAACAGGCAGCGUAUUCUCAAGAUAUUCCGAAAAUGCUGAGAGGCAUGAGAGUGGACAAUAUUGCCAAACAUGUCUACGAAUCAAACAUAAGUUUGGCUGAUUUUCUGACCAUAGACGAUGCAGGUUUGCAGACAAUUGGUAUUGAAUUUGAGUAUCAGCGGAAACGAAUUCUGCUUGGGCUGCUAAAGUUUCACGGGCAUCCGUUCUCACCGAAAUCGAUUGAACUGGUGUCGAAGAAAAAACAGAAAAACAUGUACGAGUAUUAUGAAAUGUAUGCCGGUUACUUGAAGCACUUGGUCAUGAUGGAGAGUGGUCUCACUUACUUGAACAAAAUUGGUGGACUAAAGAAUGUGCACAAGGGAAACGUUGACGAAAUGCUUGCAUUGACUAAAGACAUCCAAAAAGAUGUGGUUUCGUUGAUGAAACGAGUCCAACAAAUAUCGAUUAAUUCAACCAAAAAUCCGCUGUACAUUGCGCCAGCCACAAACGAAAGAACGAAUAUUCUCAGACCAUUGCUUAAGUACUCGGUGAUCAUUGGAAUGGGAAUAUUCAUCAGCUGUAAGCUGAACAAACUGGUUCACUGAGUGCAAACAGCAGAGCUGUCUUAAUUAAUAAGCACCGACAAGUGACCUUCAAAUGAAACGUUUUUUUUUCUUAUUCGAUUUUUACAUAAAUUUCACUUUUUCUAUUCAA